AUGGCACCAAUUAGCACAGUUGUCGCAAACGGAACUGCGACAAAUGGCAGCUCUCAUUUCAAAUCAACUCCCACUCAAGAUCAGAAAAAGAUUGACCAGGCCCUGAGAACUUUUCGAUGCCUGAUUGCGGAUCUUUGCGAGCAAUUCAAAGGUGGCCACCCAGGCGGCGCAAUGGGCAUGGCCGCGAUUGGUACUGCCCUCUGGAAAUACACAAUGAAAUACUCGCCCACAAACCCCAACUACUUCAACCGGGACCGCUUCGUGCUCUCCAACGGGCACACAUGCUUAUUCCAAUAUACUUUCCUUCAUCUAGUCGGCUAUCCCGCGAUGACAAUGGAACAACUAAAAUCGUAUCACUCAACCCGUACCGAUUCGAUAUGUCCAGGUCACCCGGAAAUUGAAAAUGACGGAAUCGAAGUCACUACUGGACCACUAGGGCAAGGAGUCGCAAACGCGGUUGGGUUGGCGAUGGCAACGAAGCAUCUUGGAGCUAGGUAUAACAGGCCCGGAUUCGAGGUUGUGAAUAACAUGACUUGGUGCAUGAUUGGGGAUGCAUGUCUCCAGGAAGGCGUGGCUAUGGAAGCCAUUCAGCUCGCUGGACAUUGGAAGUUAAAUAACUUGGUUGUUAUUUACGACAAUAAUCAGGUUACAUGCGAUGGCAGUGUGGAUCUGUGUAAUACAGAAGAUGUCAAUGCGAAAAUGAAAGCAUGUGGCUGGGAUGUCAUUGACGUUGAGGAUGGCUGUUACGAUGUUCCUGCGCUUACUGCAGCUCUGGCACAGGCUCGUUUCAACACAAAACCAACAUUUAUUAAUGUUCGAACGAUCAUCGGUAUCGGUAGUAAGGUCGCUGGUGAUGCUAAGGCGCACGGCGCGGCAUAUGGAGCGGAGGACGUUGCAUCAAUCAAGAUGAAGUUCGGCAUGGACCCGGAACAGCAUUUCGUCGUUCAGGAUGAAGUAUACGAUUUCUUUCGUGAUGCGGUACACAGAGGCGAAGCCCAUGAGAACGAAUGGAAACAGUUAUUAGAACGAUACGCGCACGAAUAUCCUGAAUUGCACCAAGAAUUUAUGCUGAGAGUUGAGGGACAGAUGACCGGUGACUGGACUAAGAUUCUACCAACAAAAGAGGAGUUUCCUACAACACCUACUGCAUCGAGAAAAUCCGCAGGACUGUGUUGUAAUCCUCUGUCCUCAAAAUUACAGAAUAUGAUGGUUGGAACUGCUGACUUGACGCCUUCUGUCAAUAUGGCCUGGAAAGGCAAAGUUGACUUUCAGCAUCCAGAUUUGAAAACAACUUGCGGUAUCAAUGGAGACUACAGUGGACGUUAUAUUCACUGGGGUAUCCGGGAGCACGCGAUGGCAUCAAUCUCCAAUGGAUUGGCAGCUUUCAACAAAGGAACGAUCCUCCCGGUCACAUCUUCAUUCUUUAUGUUCUAUAUUUAUGCUGCACCAGGUGUCCGAAUGGGCGCCCUGCAAGGCCUCCAACAAAUCCACAUUGCCACCCACGACUCCAUCGGCACAGGCGAAGACGGUCCUACACAUCAACCCAUUGCCUUGGCAGCAUUAUACAGGGCCAUGCCCAAUCUCCUCUAUAUCCGUCCAUGUGACAGCGAAGAAACAGCAGGAGCCUUCAUAUCCGCUCUCAGAGCAACUUCCUCUCCUACCAUCAUUUCACUUUCUCGCCAGAACCUCGAGCAAUAUCCACAAUACUCUUGCAGGGAAAAGGCACAAAAGGGUGCAUACGUCUUUGUCGAAGAAGAAGACGCCGAUGUUACGCUGAUCGGCGUUGGUGCCGAGAUGGUAUUUGCCAUGCGUACUCGACAGCUACUGCAAGACAAAUUUCAGAUCAAGGCUCGUGUCGUUAGUUUCCCAUGCCAACGACUCUUUGAAAGCCAGAGCAUUGAUUAUAAGAGAUCGGUGUUAAAAUACCGCUCAACUCCGCGUGUGGUUAUUGAGGCGUAUGCUGUGAACGGGUGGGAACGUUAUGCCGAUGCAGGAUUCUCAAUGUCAUCCUUUGGCCAUUCUUUACCUGGUCCGGCGGCAUACAAAUAUUUUGGUUUCGAUGAGCAAGUUAUUGCUCCCAAAGUGGCUGAGUUUGUGGGUGAUGUUAAGCGGGAUGGUCUUGAAACAUUGCGAGGAGAAUUUAGGGAUUUGAAUACUGGCCACCACUAA